AUGAAGAGGGAGGAGGAAGAAAGAAAGAGGCAGCAGGAACGAGAGCAGGAACAGCUGCGGCAGCAACAGGAAGACGAGGAGCGUCUGAGGCGCGAAGAGGAGGAGAGGCGGGCUCAGCAGCAGCAGCAGCAGCAGCAGCAGGAGGAGGAAAACGAACGCAAGCGGCUGGAGGAAGCGGAGAAAGAGAGACAGCGGCAAGAAGUAGACGAAGCAGCUGCCGCAGACGCAGCGGAACAACAGGACGCCAACCAGGGUGAGCAGCAAGUGACGAACCAAGAUGCAGCCCAGCAGCAGCAGCAGCAGCAGCAGCAGCAGCAGCAGCAGGAGCAGCAGGAGCAGCAGGAGCAGCAGCAGCGCCCGCCGCGUCGACAGCUUGGGGAAGACAUUCUGGAUGAGGAGGAGGAGAGCGAACGUGAGCGCGAAAAGGCGUUUGCAUCCAUCUCCCACCUGCAGGACAAGUACAAGCGCGACUGCCCAAAGUGGGUGCAGCGCGGCGGGUGCGAGCGCAACAUGCGGUGGAUGGACAACAACUGCGCUUACAGCUGCGCCCGGCACAAGCUGGAGCAGAAGCUGGCGCAGGAGGAGCGGGAGCGGGAGCUGCAGCAGCGAUUGGAGGAGGAACGACUGCAGCGGGAGAGGCAGCAGGUCGAGGAGCAGCAGAGGCGAAGGCGGGAGCAGGAGGAAGAGGCACUCGCCCGCCAGCUCAACGAAGAGCAGCAGCGUGAACAGCGUGAAGAGGAGGAACAGCCGAAUGCUGCGGGUGAUAUCUCUGCGCCAAUGGAGACGGAGCCUCGGGAGCAAGCCAGCGAUGGUGAGCAGGAACUGGUGGCUGCGCAUAUGAGCGCAGCGGCACAGGAGAGCGUCGACACGACUGUUGGCGCCGAGGACGGCGUGGAGGCCAGCGCCCGUGACGAAGCCGAUGGCGGCGGCGUGCAGGCAGAGGAGCCGGGCAGCGUUGCACUCACGCCGGAGCAGGAGCUCGAGGAUGGUGGCAGCGGUGGUGGUGAUGGCGGUGCUGUAGUGCAGGGCGGCGAUGAGGACAGCCAGGACGAAGAGCUGUCGCAUGAAAUCGACACGUCGACGGCCGAGUCGCUCGGGGAAACGAUCCCCAACGAGGACAUGGGGGCAACGGCCGCCAUUCCCCCGCAGCUCGACGCCUCUGCUUUCCACCGCCGAAACAGACACCGCCGCCCUCCACACGAAUUGGCCGAGGACGUGGCGGCCGCGCGCGAAGGACACGAACACCAUCACCACCACCAAGCAGACCACUCGCAGCAGCAGCAGCAGCAGCAGCAGGAGCAGCAGCAGAUGGAGGGAGAGGCGCAGGGCCACCAGGAGCAGGACAUGAUUGGUGAUGUCGGGCAACAGCGAGGCAGCGAAGCAAGCCCAGAACAGACUGGCAGCACUGGCGGUGCAACAGCUCAAGAGACAGGAGGCGUGGGCGAGCCGGAGCGUGGCGAGGGCGUGGUGCCGCAUGCAACGCAGAUUCACGAGGAAGAAGAGGCGGUGGAAGCACAGCAGCACGUCGAAGGGCAACCGGACGAGCACCGUCUUCAACAGCCCGAGCACCCAGCGCACCACGAACCGCAGAUCCCUCAACAGCUUCAACAGGAACCACAGGAGCAGGAACAACAGCAGCACCAGCAGGACGAGCAGCACCAGCAGGACGAGCAGCACCAGCAGGACGAGCAAAAAGAACAAGAACAAGAACAACAGGAACAACAAGAACAACAGGAACAACAUGAACAACAAGAGCAAGAACAAGAACAACCACUUCUACAACCACAUCAUCAACAACUGCCACCGCAUCACCAACAACUACCACCGCAGCAACAACAACCGCCACCACAACUGUCACCGCAGCAACAGCAGCAGCAGCAGCAGCAGCAGCAGCAGCAAGGUGCUGCCCCCACUGCAUGUGUUGGCGGGGCAACGCUGGGCGGAUUGGUUGGCGUGGAUGGUGAUCUGGUGGUGUUUGGGAUGAACAUCGACAGCGUGCUCCGUGAUUCUGCAGCAGCGGCGGGCGUCCCGUCCUCCUGCUCGCUCGUCUUCGCGUUGGCGUCUGUUCUUGCCGCUGUGUGUGUUGGGCAGCUGGUGGUGGGGCGGUGCGUUGGCGGCUCAGCGGGCGCAAAGCUGCGCAAGGAGCUGGCGCGGCGAACGGAACAGCUGACGCUGGAGCGCAAGUCGAUGGAUGCGCUGCAGAAGCAGCUGGACGAAGCCACGGGCGACGGCGAGAAGACAAAGAAGGCGCAGGCCAAGAUCAAGGCGCUGGAGCAGCGGCUGGUGGCCGAGCAGAAGACGGCGCAGCGGCAGCAGCAGCAGGUGGAUGCGCUGAAGAAGCAGGUUGAGCAGGACAGGCACGCCGCGGCAGACAACAGCCGGCGAUGGCAGGAGUCGUACGAGUACCUGCACCAGCAGCACGCGGCUGCGGUGAAGCGGGCGGAGGACGGCGAGAAGCAGACGGCCGAGCUGCAGCAACAGCUGAGCGCUGUGCAGGAGGACCUGGCACAGGCGCAGCAGCAGCAGGCAGAGAACGUGGUGCCCAUGAGCGACUUUGAGCAGCUGCGCACGGUGGCGGAAGGGAGCACGCACGAGAUUGCGGGGCUGCAGCAGAAGCUGUCCAAUGCCUUGGCCCACUCGGAUGCGCUGAAGCGGCGGGUGGAGGGCCUCAUCGUGGAGCGGAACAUGAAGGCCACGCGGUGUGACGAGCUGGCGGCGCAGGUGGCAAUGCUGGCAGAGCACAACGAGCGCAUGCUCAAGGCUGCUGCUGCUGGGGAGAGCACCGACGGCGCGAGCGCGGCGUCAGAACAGGCGUCCGUUGGCGAGUUGACGCGGCAGAUCAAGCUUGCAGAGGAGCACAUCCGACAGAUGGCGCAGCAGCAGCGGCAGGUGGUGGAGCACCGGGAGGGCGUCAUUUCGCGGCUGGAGCACGAGCUGCAGGAGGUGCGGGACGUGCUGGCUGAUCGGGUUGGGCAGCUGGAGGGCGAAUUGCAGACGGAGCGCGCGAGAACGCGGCAGUUGGAGCUGGAGAUGGUGCACAGGCGCGUCUCUGUCGGCCCGGCGUCAACGACUGGCGAUGAUGACAUUGAUGUUGAGCUGAUCAAGGAGGCGGACGACCUGCGCAUCAAGCUGCAGGAAUCGAGCCUUGCUCUCGAUCGCACCCAGCACAGCCUCAACCUCGCCAGGCAGAAGAUCAAGACGCAGGAACAAGAGUUGCAACAGCUGCGUGUGUUUUCAUCGCAAAUCAGCCCCCAUUAUGCCACCUCUCGCCCUCGCAGCACGAGAACGCCUGGAAACGCGUCCGGCUCCAGAGCAUCCAGCGUUGCAAGUCGCUCGUCCCGCGUGCGCACAUCAACCCCAAAAUAGCAGCACCCUGUAAUUUUGUGUGUGUGUAUGUGUGUGUGUGUAUGUGUGUAUGUGUG